CUUUUCACCUUCUGGUCACACGUAACAUUUUUCCGGGCCCUUUUCCACGAAGCAAAAUAGAAACAAAUUUCCUACAUUUCAUGCUAAAUUGGUCCAGGACCGUACUACCAUGCUCAUGAGUCGAGCGCUUUGCCGGAGAUUGCUGCCGCAGGUGGCCCACAGAAUUCAUGCGAAUGUGCCUGUUCUGCGGAUAAACUCUGGCCAUCCGGCGGCCAGGUCCUGCCGGCAAUUCAACAGCAACCGAAAACAGAGCAGCAACCUAAAGCCGACGACCGGGGAACCUGUGGCGGCGGAGCAAAACACGACGGUGCCGCUGAACAAUGUGAUCAAAGCGGUGGCCUUCACAGGAGCAUUUACGGUGGGCUGCUUUGCGGGCGCAACCAUCCUGGAGUACGAAAACACACGAAGCCUCAUCCUGGAAAAGGCGCGCCAGGCGAGAUUCGGUUGGUGGCAAAGUCGCUCAAUGGCGGACCGUGACUACUGGACACAGCUGAAACAGGACAUCCGUCGGCACUGGGACUCCCUAACGCCGGGAGAUAAGAUGUUCGCCCCCAUUUUCCUGUGCAAUGUGGUGGCCUUUGCCAUGUGGCGGGUGCCCGCUCUGAGAUCCACCAUGAUGACAUACUUCACCUCAAAUCCAGCAGCGAGAGUCGUCUGUUGGCCCAUGUUCCUCUCCACCUUUAGCCACUACUCCGCCAUGCACAUAUUCGCCAACAUGUACGUGAUGCACAGCUUUGCCAACGCAGCGGUUCUGUCGCUUGGCAAAGAACAAUUUUUGGCAGUCUACCUCAGUGCCGGUGUCUUUUCCAGCCUUAUGAGCGUGCUGUACAAGGCGGCUACGAGUCAGGCGGGGAUGUCGCUUGGUGCGUCCGGAGCAAUAAUGACACUGCUGGCCUAUGUAUGCACACAGUAUCCGGAUACCCAGCUUAGCAUUCUGUUCCUUCCCGCGUUGACAUUCUCCGCCGGAGCCGGCAUCAAAGUGCUCAUGGGCAUCGACUUUGCCGGCGUUGUACUGGGUUGGAAGUUCUUUGACCAUGCGGCGCAUUUGGGCGGCGCCAUGUUUGGCAUCUUUUGGGCCACGUAUGGAGCACAGAUUUGGGCAAAGCGUAUUGGCCUUCUAAAUUACUAUCACGAUUUGCGCCGGACGAAGCAAAAAUAGUACAUGAUGAGUGGGGGACGGCCAAGUGAACGGACGGGGAGCUGAGGCUACGGAGUGUUAGCAACUAACACUCUGCUGUGACGAUAAAACUGACUUCGGUCUGCCUUAGCAGUUCAUUGAAAUGAGUUAAGUUGAAUAAAACGUUAACAUCCUGUA